CGUAUUCAUUUUCUUUCCAGUUUGUAAAAAAAAAAUCCACAUUCAUCGAUAUAAACACCAUCAUGCCACCCAACAUGCACAAACGAAUUUUGAAUGAAAUCGCCGAAGCCAAUAACGACAAGAGUGCGGAAACUGUUGUGUAUGUUCCUCAUGAGGGAGACAUUUAUAAAAUGCUUGGAUCUAUUCAAGGUCCCCGGGAAACACCUUAUGAAGGAGGGACUUUCUUACUUGAUAUCAAAUUACAUGAUAAUCAUCCCUUUGCACCUCCCGAGAUCAAGUUUAUUACAAAGGUCUACCAUCCCAACGUCAGCUCACAAACCGGUGCCAUCUGUUUAGAUGUAUUGAAGAGUAACUGGUCUCCAGCCAUGACACUGAGACUUUGCUUGAUUUCAAUCCAAUCUUUAUUAGAUGCACCUGAUGCAUCAUCACCUCAGGAUUUUCAGGUAGCUAAAGUGUACACAUCCAACAAACAACAGUUCAUUAGGGAAGCAAAGACAUGGACUAGAGUUCAUGCUAAUGUCAGCCUCGAUGCAUACAUUAGCUCUCACUAUGAGUUAUAAGAGAAUUUUACUAAUAUCCAGCCUUUUUUAAAUGCAUCAAUAAAAUCACACACACGGAAGUUUAAAAAACAAAAACAAAAA